AUGUACCUCUCUCUCUCUCUCUCUCUCUCUCUCUCUCUCUCUCUCUCUCUCUCUCUCUGCAGAUGGGAGAGAGAGCGAGGCAACAGAGGGAAAUCGAAUAAAAUGAUUAUUUACAUACCGCUCGACAUUUUUGCUGUUGAUGAUCAGAGUAUAGCGUCUAUGUACGCUGCCAAAAUUGCUAUGCACAUAAUAUCUAUCUAUCUAUCUAUCUAUCUAUCUAUCUAUCUAUCUAUCUAUCACAUACACACACACAUUUUACUUGUUCCUUUUUUUUUUCUUUUUCAUCCAACCGUUAGUUUUCUCUUUCAUUUUUACCCCAAUCUUUAUUUUUCUCCAAUCUUUAUUUUUCUCCUUCCUUUUUUAAUACACUCUUUAGUUUUCUCUUCUUUAUACAAACAUCACUAUCUCUUUCCUUUCUUCAUCCAACAUUUAGUUUUAUCGUUCAUUUUUUCAUCAAAUUUUUAUUUUUAUUUUUCCUUUCUUGAUCCAAUCUUUCGUUUUCCGUUUUCUUUGUCGUCCAACUACUGUAAUUUUCUUUCCUUUUUUUUUCAUCCAACCUUUAUUUUUCUCUUUCAUUUAUUUCAUCCAAACUGUCUUUUGUUACUUCCUUUCUUCGUCCAAUCUUUAAUUUCUCUUUUCUUUUUACAUCCAAUCUUUAGUUUUUCACUUCCUAUUUUUCAUCCAAUAUUUAUUAUUCUCUCUCCUUUUUUCAUCAAAUCUUUAUUUUUUUCCUUUCUUGAUCCAACCUUUUUGUUUUCCGUUUCGUUUUUUCAUACAAUUUUUACUUUUCUCUUUCUUUUUUUCAUCAAAUCUUUAUUUUUCUUUCCAUUCUUGAUGCUACCUUUAGAUUUCUCUUUCCUUUUUAUCCAACUUUUAUUUUCCCUUUCGUUUUUCAUUGAAAAAUUAGUUUUCUCUUUCCUUUUUUCAUCUAACCUAUUGCUUUCCAUUUGCUUUCUUCGUCCAAUCUUUAGUUUUCCGAUUCCUUUCUCAUCCAGCCUUUGCUUUUUUCUUUCAUUUAUCAUCGAACCUUUAUUUCUCUUUCCUUUUUUUUUUCCAAACAUUAGCUUUCUCUUUUCUCUUUUAUUACAACCUUUAGUUUUUUCAUUCCUUUUUCAUCCAAUCUUUAGCUUUCUCUUUCCUUUUUCAUCAAAUCUUUACUUGUCUCUUUCCUUUUUCAUCCAAACCUUAGCUUUCUCCUUCCCUUUUACAUAA